AUGUCUGAAAUUACUCUAGGUCGUUACUUGUUCGAAAGAUUAAAGCAAGUUGACACUAACACCAUCUUCGGUGUUCCAGGUGACUUCAACUUGUCCUUGUUGGACAAGGUCUACGAAGUGCAAGGUCUAAGAUGGGCUGGUAACGCUAACGAAUUGAACGCUGCCUACGCUGCUGACGGUUACGCCAGAGUUAAGGGUUUGGCUGCUUUGAUCACCACCUUCGGUGUCGGUGAAUUGUCUGCUUUGAACGGUAUUGCAGGUUCUUACGCUGAACACGUUGGUGUUUUGCACAUUGUUGGUGUUCCAUCUGUCUCUUCUCAAGCUAAGCAAUUGUUGUUGCACCACACCUUGGGUAACGGUGACUUCACUGUUUUCCACAGAAUGUCCGCCAACAUCUCUGAAACCACCGCUAUGUUGACCGACAUCACUGCUGCUCCAGCUGAAAUUGACCGUUGCAUCAGAGUUGCUUACGUCAACCAAAGACCAGUCUACUUGGGUCUACCAGCUAACUUGGUUGACCAAAAGGUCCCAGCUUCUUUGUUGAACACUCCAAUUGAUCUAUCUCUAAAGGAGAACGACCCAGAAGCUGAAACCGAAGUUGUUGACACCGUUUUGGAAUUGAUCAAGGAAGCUAAGAACCCAGUUAUCUUGGCUGAUGCUUGCUGCUCCAGACACGACGUCAAGGCUGAAACCAAGAAGUUGAUCGACUUGACUCAAUUCCCAUCUUUCGUUACUCCUAUGGGUAAGGGUUCCAUCGACGAACAAAACCCAAGAUUCGGUGGUGUCUACGUCGGUACUCUAUCCAGCCCAGAAGUUAAGGAAGCUGUUGAAUCUGCUGACUUGGUUCUAUCUGUCGGUGCUCUAUUGUCCGAUUUCAACACUGGUUCUUUCUCUUACUCUUACAAGACCAAGAACGUUGUUGAAUUCCACUCUGACCACAUCAAGAUCAGAAACGCUACCUUCCCAGGUGUUCAAAUGAAAUUCGUUUUGAAGAAACUAUUGCAAGCUGUCCCAGAAGCUGUCAAGAACUACAAGCCAGGUCCAGUCCCAGCUCCGCCAUCUCCAAACGCUGAAGUUGCUGACUCUACCACCUUGAAGCAAGAAUGGUUAUGGAGACAAGUCGGUAGCUUCUUGAGAGAAGGUGAUGUUGUUAUUACCGAAACUGGUACCUCUGCUUUCGGUAUCAACCAAACUCACUUCCCUAACCAAACUUACGGUAUCUCUCAAGUCUUGUGGGGUUCUAUUGGUUACACCACUGGUUCCACUUUGGGUGCUGCCUUCGCUGCUGAAGAAAUUGACCCUAAGAAGAGAGUUAUCUUGUUCAUUGGUGACGGUUCUCUACAAUUGACCGUUCAAGAAAUCUCCACCAUGAUCAGAUGGGGUCUAAAGCCAUACUUGUUCGUUUUGAACAACGAUGGUUACACCAUUGAAAGAUUGAUUCACGGUGAAACCGCUGAAUACAACUGUAUCCAACCAUGGAAGCACUUGGAAUUGUUGAACACCUUCGGUGCCAAGGACUACGAAAACCACAGAGUCUCCACUGUCGGUGAAUGGAACAAGUUGACUCAAGAUCCAAAAUUCAACGAAAACUCUAGAAUUAGAAUGAUCGAAGUUAUGCUUGAAGUCAUGGACGCUCCAUCUUCUUUGGUCGCUCAAGCUCAAUUGACCGCUGCUACUAACGCUAAGCAAUAA